AUGACUAUGCCUCGUCGAAAAGUGUACAAAACUUUGAGUUGGGACCAAAUAGCCCCGUGGCAGAGAGACAACCACUUCCUUGUGCGAGGAUACCGCAAGGAGUCAAACUCCUUGUAUGACACCUUCGCAUCUCUCGGGUACCUCCACAACGAAACUAUCAACAUCUACUCCCAUUUGAUCGGUGCAAUCGUUUUCUUGUGGAUCGGAGCAGGAUUCUACCGCGAUCUCGAAAUCCGCUAUCCUUACAGCACGCAAGCCGACAUCUACGCUUUCGCGGCCUUCAUCCUUUCAUGCGCGACAUGCUUUUUACUCUCUGCAUUAUGCCACCUCCUCUCCAGCCACUCGGUCCCCGGCGCGCGACUAGGCACCACGCUUGAUUACCUAGGGAUAGUGGUGUUCAUUGAAGGGACAUGCUUGUCUGGUUUCUACUACGGACUGCGUGAGCAUGUUGGGCUGCUGUACUUCUACUGGCUCAUGAUCCUCGCCGUGGGCAUGGCCUGCAUCAUCGCCACACUCGAUUCCAAGUUCCACACGCCAGCCUGGCGGCAUCUCCGAGCCACUUUGUUCGUCAGCUUGGGCCUCCUUUCGAUUUUUCCGAUCUUGCAUGGGAUCUAUAUAUAUGGCUUUGGUGAGCUGGAGAGAAUGAUGGGGCUCCGGUGGUCGGCUGUGCAAGGCUUCUUUUACAUUCUUGGGUGUGUCAUCUUUUCAACGUGCGUCCCGGAGAGAUGGUACCCGGAGAGAUUCGACUUCUUCGGAGCCAGCCAUCAGUUGUUCCAUUUCUGCGCGCUCACAGCUGCAGCCGCUCAGUUGAAAGCUCUUAUAGUUGCUUUUGACUAUGUCCAUAGAUACAGCCGACACUAG